GAAUAUUGCGUUUCACAGUUGUCAAAAUUUGUGUUGUCUAAUGUUUUGUUAAUAAAUAAAUUAACAUUUAUUCAUCAAAGACGGCGCUGGUUUAUAAAAAUUCAAUAUUUCGUUAUAUUAGACAUCUGUCUAUAACAUCAAAAUUUACAGUAAUGAGUAAUAGAGGCGAAGCCGGGCCGUCGAGAAAUCCAAAUGAAGAACAUCAUCAACCACGAACUGCCAAUACACGAGAUGAGGAUAUUGCACCAAGCCCAAGCAGUGUGCUGGAAUCUAUUCGGACGAAUAUAACCAACUUAUUUUCCAGGCUAUCGGUACACCAACAUGAACACGAUACUGUUAUUCCAAAUUUAACGUUUGAAGGAUUUCUCAAACACUGGAAAGAUAAUGGUUUUAAAAAAAUAAUUACAUUAGUUGGAGCCGGUAUAUCAACAUCCGCUGGUAUACCGGACUUUCGCACACCUGGCACGGGACUUUAUGACAACCUAAAGAAAUACGAUCUACCACAUCCGACCGAUAUAUUUGAAUUGGACUAUUUUUUGGAAAAUCCCAAGCCAUUCUUCUCUUUGGCCAAAGAGCUUUACCCGGGAAAUUUUAUACCGACGCCAACGCAUUAUUUUAUACGACUUUUAAACGAUAAAGGUUUAUUGGUACGUCAUUACACACAGAAUAUUGACUCUUUGGAACGUAUUGCGGGCAUACCGGAAGAUAAGAUGGUAGAAGCGCAUGGCACUUUUCACACAAACCAUUGUCUUGAAUGUACAACAUUGUAUUCCAAAGAAUGGAUGAAGGAAAAAAUAUUUAGCGAUACUAUACCGCUGUGCGACCAUUGCGCUGGCAUCGUAAAGCCAGAUAUUGUUUUCUUCGGUGAAAAUAUGCCAGACAGUUUCUAUAAUAUGCCAACGGAAGAUUUCAAGGACUGUGAUUUGCUCUUUGUUAUGGGUACAUCAUUGGAGGUGUAUCCGUUCGCUUCAUUGGUUGGAUACGCUGAACCGACAUGUUUACGUGUACUUAUCAAUAGAACUAGUGUUAAUAAAUUUACGAGUCCGGUGAAUAAGCGUAAUAUCACUUAUGUGGGAGAUUGUGAUGACGCUGUGUGGAAAAUAACCGAUGCAUUGGGCUGGACUGCUGAAUUGAAAGCGUUGAUUAAGAAAGAAACAGGACAAUUUGAAAAACCAAAGACCAGGAGCGUCAGUGGAAAAUCAGACGCUGAGAAAAAACACAGAGAGAAAAAAUCAUAGAUUAUAAAAACUAAUAAAUUGAAUUAACCAUAGAAAGGAUUUGUACCGGGUUUGUGCAAUGGGGAUAUUUACUACAAAAAUGUGUGAAAGUUAAAUAAUCUGUAAAUAAUUUUAAUAGUUAUCACUUCAAAUAUAUAAUUAAAUACAUACAUGUGAUAUGUAGGCCGCUAGAGAUUUCCAAUUCUACUAAAAUUUACUUGACUAUAAUAAAAUCAAAUCAAACGUAAA